AUGAAGGCCUUCCUCUUUCCAAGUGACCAGCAGAUUGACCUGGAGCUGUGGGCACAGCAAGCAGAGUUUGACGCCACCGAGCUUCACCAAAUGCGUGUGCAGGACAACUGCGUAUUCUCCAUCAGCCCCAAGGCUGGGAGCCUGAGUCCUGGGCAAGAGCAGGUGGUGGAACUCAAAUACAGCCAUGUGUUCGUGGGCACCGAUCGCCUCCCAGUGCUCUUCAAAGUGUCCCAUGGCCGGGAGAUCCUGCUAAAUUUCAUAGGUGUGACAGUGAAGCAGGAGCAAAAGUAUGUGCACUUCACCUCCACCAGCCACCAGUUCGUCCCUGUCCCCAUCGGUGACACACUGCCCCCAAGGCAGAUUUAUGAGCUGUAUAACGGUGGCUCGGUGCCCGUGACAUACGAGAUCCAGACGAACAUCCUGUCGCAGGUUCAGGAAAAAAAUUUCAAUCACCCCAUCUUCAGCUGCCUCAACCCCCAAGGGGAGAUCCAGCCAGGCACAACUGCUCAGGUCUUAUGGAUCUUCUCACCUAUUGAGGCCAAGACCUACACGGUGGAUGUGCCCAUACACGUCCUGGGAUGGAACUCAGCCAUGAUCCGCUUCCAGGGAGUGGGCUAUGAUCCCCAUGUCAUGGGGGACACAGCCCCAUUCCACAACAUCUCCUCUUGGGAUGACAACCCCAAGCAUACUAGGCUGAUGGUUCCUGGACAGAAUGUCUUCCUGUCCCAGUCCCAUAUCUCGCUGGGAAACAUUCCUGUGCAGACCAAGUGCAGCCGCCUGCUGUUCCUCAACAACAUCUCCAAGAACGAGCCAGUUGUCUUUGAGUGGCAGCUGAAGCCUCUAGACUUUGGGGAG